AUGGAUCCCACGAAACCUACAAACAACCCUCCCCUCCAGGAACCCAAAUAUAUCGAGUUCCCCGUCCUCCCAAGCGAUGCAAAGCAUGCAGACGGAACCCUCGCCUUAAAUCGGCACUCUACACACAUCACUCGUGGCCAUGACUUCCCCGGUGCAAAGGCCAUGCUCUAUGCUGCUGGCGUUCCCGACAAGGAAUCUAUGGCAAAAAGCCCCCACGUCGGAAUAGCAGGCGUUUGGUGGGAGGGAAACCCUUGCAAUAUGCAUCUCCUGGACCUUGCGACGACUGCUAAGAAGGCUGUGGUUGACCGAGGAAUGCUCGGCUGGCAAUAUAAUACUAUUGGAGUUUCAGAUGCUAUCUCCAUGGGCAGUGAAGGAAUGAGGUUUUCGCUUCAAUCCCGUGAGAUUAUCGCCGACAGUGUCGAAACCGUUACAUGCGCUCAAUAUCACGAUGCUUGCAUAGCUAUACCGGGCUGUGAUAAGAACAUGCCAGGUGUUGUAAUGGGUAUGGCCAGGCACAACCGACCAUCCCUUAUGAUUUACGGUGGUACGAUCCAGAAGGGUUACUCUCAGUCACUCCGGAAGAACAUUAGUGUUGGCUCUUGUUUCGAGGCUGCCGGUGCUUACGCCUACGACACGCUGCGCCAACCCGACGACGGAGGUGAUACUAGCCAGACAAAGGACGAAAUCAUGGAUGACCUAGAAAGGCACGCCUGCCCCAGCGCAGGUGCCUGUGGAGGCAUGUUUACCGCAAACACAAUGGCGACCGCUAUUGAAUCCAUGGGACUGUCUCUUCCUGGGUCAUCAUCAACUCCUGCUUCAUCACCAACCAAGAUGCGAGAGUGUGUCAAGGCAGCUGAUGCUAUAAAGACCUGUCUGGAGAAGAAUAUUCGUCCGCGCGACCUACUUACCAAGAGGUCCUUUGAGAACGCCCUCGUCAUGACUAUGGCCUUGGGAGGCAGCACCAACGGCGUGCUGCAUUUCCUGGCCAUGGCCCGAACCGCAGGCGUUGACCUCACUUUGGAUGACAUUCAAAGAGUCAGCAAUAAGAUUCCAUUCAUUGCAGACCUUUCCCCAAGUGGGAAAUACUUCAUGGCCGACCUCUACGAGAUUGGCGGCAUUCCCUCCGUUCAUAAGCUGUUGAUUGCAGCUGGCCUGAUUGAUGGCGAUAUUCCUACCGUUACCGGCAAGACUUUAGCUGAAAACGUUGCCUCAUUUCCGUCAUUGCCCGACGACCAGGUCAUCAUCCGACCUUUAGACAACCCCAUCAAGCCCACGGGCCACCUCCAGAUCCUGAAGGGUAACCUUGCUCCGGGUGGCGCCGUGGCCAAGAUCACAGGCAAAGAAGGAACCAAGUUUACCGGAAAGGCACGCGUCUUUGACAAGGAGUACCAGCUCAACGACGCGUUGACUUAUGGAAAGAUCCCCCGCGGAGAGAACUUGGUGAUAAUUGUUCGCUACGAAGGUCCUAAAGGAGGACCAGGCAUGCCGGAACAGCUCAAAGCUAGUGCGGCUCUUAUGGGCGCGAAACUCGCCAACGUGGCGCUGAUUACUGAUGGUCGGUACUCCGGUGCCUCUCAUGGCUUCAUCGUCGGACAUAUCGUGCCAGAGGCAGCAGUUGGAGGACCCAUCGCUGUAGUCCGCGACGGAGAUUUGGUCACCAUCAACGCUGAGAACAACGAGCUCAGCAUGGAUGUUUCGGAUGAGGAGAUUCAACGGCGGCUGAAGGAAUGGAAGCCACCGGCUCCUACUGUGACACGUGGUGUACUUGCGAAAUAUGCCCGGCUAGUUGGGGAUGCUUCGCAUGGCGCUAUGACAGAUCUAUUUUGA